AUGGCUCCAAAAACUUACUGGUGGAUCUCCGCUUGGUUUUUGUUGUCCGCACCCGUAAUUUUCUGGGAUGCGGGAUACUGUUUCAUGCGUCCACGGUCCAUGAAAGGCGGAGACCUGCACUGGAUCUGGUCUCCCUACGCACUCUACCAAGAAGUCGACUACGUCUACGGCGUCCAAGCCCUCGAAAAAGGCGAUGGCUUCACAAACGCCCAAUCCUUCCUCAACCUCGUCGAAACUUUCAUGAACCUCUACUACGUCUAUCUCGCCCACGUCGCACAAUGGCCAGCCGCUCCCGUCGUAGGCUUCGCUGCCGUCGUGAUGACGCUCUCGAAGACCGUCCUCUAUUGGUUGCAGGAAUAUUUCUGUGGGGGGUGUUCGGUGGGACAUAACAACAUGGUCGACCUGAUCACGUUGUGGAUUAUACCGAAUGGGAUUUGGUUGAUAGUUCCGAGUGCUAUCAUCUAUACCUUCGGGAAGGACAUCACCGCGUCUUUCUCCGUGUCUGACCGUGUGGCGAAACAGACGAAGACGAAGUGA